UUUAUAUGUAUAUAUAAUAUGUAAAGGCCAAAAAAUGUAUGUGAUUGAUAUAAGAAACUCAGUAGGCGCACACUAGAUAGAACGCUGUAGCCAUUGGAUUAAGGGGCCGGGAGUUAGAAACGAAUCAGCCUCUCAGUGUUCAUGCGACUGACCAUUGAGUGAGAACGGGCCGGGAGAUAGCAAGCUAGAGAGAGCCAAGACAGACCAGAUCGAUGGGUAUCUCGAGCGCUGUGAGUUGGUGGGAGGAGUGGCAGCUGCGCGUUCUCGUCCUCGCCAGCCAAUCUGUUCAGUUGCUCCUCUUCAUCUCCGCACCCCGGCGUAAGUCUGCCAUCUCCGCUUCCUUCCGACUUUUGAUAUGGCUGGCAUACCUAGGCAGCGAUGCUUUUGCGAUAUAUGCUCUCGCCGCCCUCUUCAAUCGCCACAAGAAGCAGGAGGGGAGCUGGGCAAAUGGCGAAAGCAUCUUGGAGGUAGUAUGGGCGCCUGUCCUCCUGAUGCACCUGGGAGGGCAGGACUGCAUAACUGCCUACAACAUGGAAGACAACGAGCUGUGGAGACGGCACGUUCUCACCGCCUUGUCGCAGGUCACAGUGUCCAUCUACGUGUUCUGCAAAUCAUGGCCAGCCGGAGACGCCGGCGACAAGAAGUUGUUGCAGGCAGCCAUCAUGCUCUUCACCAUCGGGGUCAUCAGAUGCAUAGAGAAGCCACUAGCUCUCAAGAGCGCUAGCAUUAAUAGCCUGGCCAGCUCUUCAGAUACUAGUGCGAAGACAUACAAGGACAAGAAUGGAAGCAGCGGCAGCAGCCAUACCUAUUCGCUUAAAGAAUACGUGGACGAAAAUACCUUCUCCAAGCUGAACAUCCUACCAAAGCACAAGGAGAAGGUGCUGUUGAGGCCAACCAUCUUCCUGAUCAAGCACAAGGAGAAGCUGAUGUUGAGGCCAACCAUCUUCCUGAUCAGGCAUAAGGAGAAGGUGAUGUUGAGGCCAACCAUCUUCCUGAUCACGCACAAGGAGAAGCCGAUGUUGAGGCCAACCAUCCUGAUCAAGCACAACGAGAAGCUGAUGUUGACGCCAACCAUCUUCCUGAUCAAGCACAAGGAGAUCAAGAUUUUUGUGGACCUUUCAUCUCCGUAUCAUGACCGGCUUCAUCUCACUGAAUCCUUUUUGGCGCUAGAUGAAAACAAAUCAUAUGCUUGGUUGCAAGAAAGGCUAUCCCACACGUUUGAUCUUCUGUACACCAAAGUAAAUGUGAUUCCCUGCAGCCCAGAAGAUCUUAUAGAUUAUACUAGAAUGGUCAGAGGCAGCUCAAAGAUUAUUACCAUCCAGUUGUUUUGGAUUUUUACUUCAUACUUCCGGAUCGCAUGUUCUAUCCUGCCAUUCGCAGCCAUCGGUCUGUUCCACAAGAGUCACCGAGAAGCUUAUAAUGAUAAGGACGUUAAGGUUACAUAUAUAUUGUUAUGUUGUACUGCUGUGCUGGAGUUCUUAUCAUAUGGGAGAAGUCUUAAGAGAACCUUUGGUUCCACGUUGUGUGGCCUGGUUUCCCAAUAUAACUUUGUGGGAUUCUUGGCCCGUAACGAGAAGUACACCAUGUGGAUGCCCAUCCUGAGUUGCCUCAAAUGCAAGGACUAUGUUGACCAACAUUGGUGCAUGCAGGCCAGCAAUUCAUCCUCCGAAAUUACAAUUAUGGUUCUAGGACAUGUGAAGCGUUGGUGGAAGGACCAACACAUACGUAAUGCUGCAGACUACAUGAGGUUCAACAAUCAUAGGGGCCAAUGGACUAUUCAGCAAAAGGGGGGACGCAACAAAGUCCUAGAAUCAAGCAUCAAGAGAUCAUUUGACGAGAGUGUCCUUGUCUGGCACAUUGCAACGGACUUGUGCUUUUAUGGCAAGGGAGCAUUUGCUGCUUCACGUACAAGAUCUAUGCCUGUAAGUGUUGGUGCCCCUGAAAAUCUCUGUGAAAGGGAGGAGGCGACCCCCGGCCUCUCCAUAAGUGCCACGGGAUGGUGUAGGGAAAUGUCCAAUUACAUGAUGUACCUGCUGUUUGCAAAACCAGAUAUGCUAAUGGCCUGCACAAGGAGGAACCUGUUCUUAGCGGCCUACGACCAGCUCAAGGAGAUCCUCGAGGACCAAGAGAUGCAGCAACAACCUGUGGCGGAAAGAGCAAUUGCACAGAAAAUAAUCACCAAGGUCAAGGAGUCACCAGGAGGGGGGUCUUUCGUCCAUGAGGCCUGGGAUCUCGCUGAAGCAUUGUUGGCUAUACCCAACGAGAAGGAGAUGUGGGAGGUGAUCCAAGGCGUGUGGGUGGAGAUGCUCUGCUUCUCUGCCAGCAGGUGCCGAGGGUACCUGCACGCCAAGAGCCUGGGUACCGGCGGGGAGUUGCUAACCUUCGUGUGGCUCUUGUGGUCGCACAUGGGGAUGGAAACCUUGGCGGAGAGGAUGCAGGGGACGGACGUGGAGUUGCUGGGGAGUCGAGUCGCCAGCACCGGGAUUUCCCUUGUACAAGGCGACCCAGGCGAGUUCAUCGAUGGCAUGCUUGACAUCGGAGAAGCCGGUUAAGGUUGUCGAUGCAGUUUGCAGUUGCUUCUAUAUGGAGGGAGUCCAUCGUCCCUGUGCUUAGUUCCACCGCUAAGUGUUGCUUGUUAUGUUUUCGGUUGUUUUAAAGUGUUGCUGGACACUGCCUCCUCUCGCGUGCUGCUCAAUGGCAUUCCAGGUUCGCCUUUCAGGCACAGGCGUGGGCUGCGGCAGGGGGACCCCCUCUCCCCUAUGCUUUUCAUCCUUGCUAUGGAGCCGCUACAACGCAUUCUGGAUCGGGCGACGGCUGAAGGAAUCCUCUCUCCUCUGCCUCUGUCCACGGCGAGAAUCCGGACUAGUUUCUAUGCAGAUGAUGCUGCAAUCUUUGUGAACCCUGUUAAGGAAGAAAUUGAGGCGGUUAUGGAGAUUCUGGCAGCUUUUGGUGCAAUCUCAGGGCUGCAAAUAAACAUACUCAAGUGCCAGGCAUUUCCUAUUAAGUGUGAGGGGCUGGACAUCGGUGGAAUUAUGUCAAGCUUCGGAGGGGUUUUGGGUGUGUUUCCGUGCAAAUAUCUUGGGUUGCCGCUAGGAUUUAGGAAGCCUCGAAGGGUAGAGAUUCAGCCUCUUCUGGACAAGAUGGCUAUGAAGCUGCAGAACUGGAAAGGAAAACUAAUUAAUAGAGCUGGUCGGCUUGUAUUGAUAAACUCUGUGCUCACUGCAACAACAACUUAUUUCUUGACUAUUUUUCCUGCGGAUAGCUGGGCAAUAAAGAAAAUGGAUAAAAUGAGGCGGAAUUUUUUAUGGGCUGGCGAUGAGCAGGCGCAUGGCGGGAAGUGCUUGGUAAAUUGGAUAAAAGUUUGCAGGCCAAAGAAGUUUGGAGAAUUGGGGAUUAAGAACAUUCAAAAUUAUAGUAGAGCUCUUAGAUUACGAUGGCCCUGGUUCCGGUGGGAUUCUCGAGAAAGGCCGUGGCUGGGCUCUAAGGUCCCUUGCAAUGAGAGCGAUCUGUCUUUGUUCGCGGCAUGCACGAGGAUUACAAUUGGAGAUGGGAAUAAAACUUCUUUUUGGGCUGAUCGUUGGCUGCAAGGCGAGGCGCCAAAGGACAUUGCGCCGGACAUUUUCAAAAUUUCUAGGAAG